AUGCGUCUUCUUUCCAUCUUGGGCCUCGCCGGUCUAGCUGCUGCUGCCGCGACACCCGUAUCGACUAUUGCAACAACCUCGACCACUUCCACUUCCACUUCCACUUCUACCUCGUCUACUUCCACGGCUACUUCCACCUCCACGUCUAGUUCUACUUCCACUUCGGCUGCUUCCACUUCCACAACCGCCGUCACCGUCGCAACAGAUGGUAGUGCUCAGUUUACGGCCAUUGGUGAUGCAAUCUUGUACGCUCAGAGCAAUGGCGUUCCUACCGUCACUGUAUCUGCGGGAACCUAUACCCAGGCAGUCACUAUCUCGGCAACCCCUACUGUUACCGUCAUCGGCCAAAGUAGCGAUGAAUCCGACUACUCUCAAAACGAGGUUACCAUCACCAACGCCGGCACCGUUCUCACUGUGAACAAUAACGUAAAGCAGGUGACUUUCAAGAACGUCAACUUCCUGAACACCGGCUCGGCAUAUGGGGCGAUGGUUUUGAAAGGAAACAAAUAUGCUUUCUAUGAUUGCGAGAUUGUUUCAACCGGAAGCUUGGGAAUCACUGCUAGUGUUGGUCUCGGUGUUAUUGCCAACUCCUACAUCGAGGCUCUCGACAAGAUCCUCUACGGUACUGCUAGUCUCUAUGUGUACAACACUGAGAUCGUGCCAGUUGAUAGUUCCGCCCUCUUGACUUUUAUGAAGGGCACUACCUCCACUUCGUCGAUUCUUUACAACUCCACCAUUGUCUUCGAUCAUGUUACAGUGACUGAGAAAUCGGGAGCUUCCAUCUCCAACGUUUUCCUGGCUGCUGCCAAUGGUGCUGGAACUGUUGUUGUGUACCGAGACUCGGCACUGGGUAGUUUGCUUGCUGCCUCUGGCGCUCAUAUUGACACCACAACAGAAGACGGCGAAAACUUCUUUGCGGAGUAUUCCAACACUGGCGCAGGGGCUUACUCAAGCAAUGAAGCCACCCGAUCGAAGUACUUUUCUCUCUUGGAUUCAUCUGAGUUGUCGGAAUACAGCCUUGCUGCUAUUUUUGCUGCAGCCUACCCGACCUAUGCUUCCUCGGACACCACCUGGGUUGACUCUUCUGUCUUGGCCGCGAUCGAGAGUGCAGAUGUGAUCACAACUACUUCAGUUGCUUCUACCUCUACCUCUGUCACAACUUCGGUUUCUUCCUCUGCCGCAGCUUCUGUUGCCACCACGGUCUCGGCUUCUACGACUGCCACAUCUUCCGCCACCACUACGACUUCUUCCGCUACCGCUACAUCGACAUAUGUUGUGGAUGCUACCUCGGGUCCUUAUAAGAAUGUCACUGCUGCUAUUGCGGCCCUUCCCAGCGACGGGAAGGAGUACACUAUCUACGUCAAGGCCGGCACAUACAAUGAACAGAUUUCCAUUACUCGCACUGGAAAGACCAUUCUCCGCGGUGAGACAACAUUUGAGAAUGAUUAUACUCAGAACACUGUCACUAUCUCCUACUCGAAUGGUGAAUUGACUAGCGCUGGCGAAGAUGAGUCUACUCCCGUUGUCAACGCGAAGAACUCCGAUGGCAAGGGAUUGGCUAUAUACAACAUCAAUUUCCAGAACACCUACCCUCAGACCUCCAACACCGCUGCCCUCGCUGCGGACUUCUACGGAACCGUCCAAGCAUAUGGAUGCUCUUUCAUUGGAUACCAGGAUACUCUUCUUGCAAACAAGGGCACCCAGGUGUUCUCAAACUGUUAUAUUGAAGGCUCUAUCGAUUAUAUCUGGGGAUUUUCAACCGCGUACUUUUACCAGUCGGUGAUCGCGACUAACACUGCGGGUGCAUGUGUUGCCGCCAUGAGCCGUUCUUCGGCCACUGCGACCGGUGGUUACGUGUUUGACAGCUGCGUGGUUACUUAUACUUCAACCUACGGUAGCACCUACGAAGACACCUGGCUCGGCAGACCUUAUUCCGAAUACAGUCGCGUUGUUUACAUGAACUCAUACUUGGACAAGCACAUCAACCCAGCUGGUUGGCACAUUUGGUCAACGAGUGCUCCUCAAACUGACUAUGUCACAUUUGGAGAGUUCAACAACACCGGUCCAAGCAGCUGGUCCAGCAGCCGUGCAUCCUUUGCCACCAACUUGACGGAGACCGAGGCUGAGGCUUACACAUUGGCUAGCUGGAUUGGAGAUACCUCCUGGCUUGACAUGGAUGCUUUUGACUACACUCCUUCUUAUGAUCUGACCUCAGGCGCUAGCACAACAACAACCAGCACUACGACCACUGCCACGGCAUCUACCACCACAUCGUCUUCCACCUCUACAGCCGUCGCUACCUGGACUCACCCCACAAGUGGUACUACUCCUCCCACUGGUGCCGUUCUGGUCAGUGUCUCCGGGUCUGUCGACGGCUCCUAUAGCAACUUGACUGAUGCUCUCGCAUCUUUGCCUGAUGAUACCACCACCCAGGUGAUUUUCAUGUACGCGGGAACCUACGACGAGCAGGUUCCCUCUAUUGAUCGAGAUGGACCUGUUAUGAUCAUUGGCUACACCACUGGAAACCCUGGUCAGAGCUAUGCGGACAAUGAGGUUACCAUCACAUUCUCUCGUGGUCUUUCUGUUUCCCCGCUGCCAACCGGUCACUCUGAUGCCGAAACUGCGACUGUCUCUACGGCAUCGACCAAGAUCGCAUUCUACAAUGUGAACAUUAUCAACUCUGAUAACCUUGACGGCUCUGAAUCAUCCUACGUGACCCUGGCUGCCUCAAUUUACGGCAAUCAUAUCGCAUUCUAUGCUGUCUACUUCCAAGGCUGGCAAGACACCCUCCUCACUGGAAGUACCACUGGAUAUCAGUACUACGAGUCUUCGUACAUUGAAGGUGCCAUUGACUUCAUUUGGGGUUAUUCCAAGGCCUACUUCAAGGGCUGCACAAUCGGAGCCAAGAGAGCCAAGUCGGCUAUGACAGCGCAGAGCAGAGCUUCAUCCAGUGCAAUUGGGGGUUAUAUUUUCGACCAGACUCUUUUCACUGCUGCUUCCGAUGCUACCGUUGAUCUCACCGAGACUGUGUAUCUUGGCCGCCCUUACUCCGAGUAUGCCCUUGUCGUGAUCAAGAACUCCUACAUGACUGAUGUGAUCAAUCCCUCCGGGUGGAAGGUUUGGUCGACUACGGACCCCCGUACUGACUAUAUCACAUUUGCUGAAUUCAACAACUCGGGUCCUGGUAACUGGGAAAAUAACGAGGCUGCUCGUGAAGCCUUCGGCUAUGCCACCCUUCUCACCGAGGACAAUUACUCUCUGGAAAGUGUGAUGGAUUCUACCGAUUGGAUUGAUACCACCUGGUGGGACUCAAUUGACACCCCCAGCUCAGUUGCGGGAUCAUCUACAACUGCUACUGCCACGGCCACUGCUACAUCUUCUGCUACUGCAACGGCCACUGCGGCAUACGAUGGAACAACCCCACCAAGUGGAGCUUACAUUGUCUCAAAGACCAGCAUUGGUAACACGACCACAUAUGAUACCAUUCAAAGCGCCCUUGAUGCUGUUCCCACUUCAUCGAAGGUUACUCCUACCAUUUUCAUUUACCCUGGAACAUACGAGGAACAGCUUACUAUCAGCAAGUCUGGAACCAUCAUUUUGGUUGGCUACUCUGAAUCUACAUAUGAUUAUUCCAGCAACCAGGUCACCAUCCAAUACAACAGAGGUGUGGAUACCCAAGAAGAUGAGUCUAACUCGGACAGUGCAACUGUUUAUGCCACUGGCAACUACUUCGAGGCUAUCAACAUCAACUUUGUCAACAAUAAUGGUACAGAGAAAGACAUUGCAACCUUGGGCUUUGCCGUCAAGUCAAGCAAAUAUGCUAGCCUUUAUGGCUGCCAAGUUACCGGUAACCAGGAUGCUCUGUUGAUUAAUGGAUAUCUGUGGAUGUCAAACGGAUAUGUUGAGGGAAAUAUCGACAUGAUCUGGGGAAGCGGAGCCGCAUACUUCCUCAACACAACAAUCUCGCCCAAUGAGGAUGAUAUCAACCUGACUGCAGACAAGCGUGCAACUGACACUACCGCCGGAGGUUUCGUCUUUGAUCAAUGUACCAUUAUUCCUUCGACUGGUGCGGGAACAAUGUCAAAGAUCUCGCUCGGAAGACCCUGGAACACCUACGCUCGCGUCGCUUACAUUGACUCUUAUCUUGACUCGUGUGUGGAGUCUGCUGGUUGGCAAGAAUGGUCGUCGUCCAGCCCACAGACGGCCGAUGUCACUUUUGCUGAAUAUGGAAAUAUCGGCCCUGGUUCAAGCACCUCGGGUCGUGCUUCAUUCGCCACACAGCUCAAUGAUACCGGUGUCGCUCAAUUCGAGCUGGACAACUUCUUUGCCACAACCUCCUGGAUUGAUUUUACUCACGUUGAUGGCACACCAUUUGUUCCGGAUACCGCUACCACAUCCACCACAACAUCCGCUGUUGCUACAUCCACCUCUUCUUCUUUGGUCUCCAGCUCUGUUUCUACAGAGACUCUCACUACCAUUGUUGAUGUUUUGACUACGGCUACUUCGGAUAUUGUGGCUACGGUCACACCGACUGACAAGACAUCGACUGUCAAGUCCACCGUUACUGAGACAAUUACUCCUGCUGUUGUUUCCAAGACCACAACUGCCAAGUCAACUAUCACCACUACGGAGGUUGUGACCGAGCCGACGACAACAUCAACCAAGACCUCAAUUAUGACAGUCGAUGUUGAGUCGACAGUUACACCCGACGCAAAGACAGUCACUACCACUGCCAAGUCUACAACUACGGAUACUGUUACUGUCACUGCGAAGGCCACCACGACAACUGUAAAGAGCACCGUGACCGCGACAUCAACUAUCACUGCUAAGGCAUCCACUUCGACCAUCACUGAUACUGCAACAAUUACCAGUGUGAAGACAACAAGCUCCAAGGCUGGAACGACAACAUCGACUACCUAUUUGACUGUCGGCAGUGGAGGCACAACGACCAUCAGCACCAAGGCAACAACUUCCACUGUCACUUCGACGUCGACUAAGACUACCACCAAGACAGUGACCACAACAGUCAGCUGCGAUGCUGCCACAAAGAAGAUGAAGCGUGAUAUCCUGCCUCGCGAUGUUAUUGUGACUGCUUACACCACGGAUGUCGAUGUCGUGACCAAGACAUUGACCACAACACUGGCCGCGGCAACAGACUACGUUACUUCAGUCGCCACGAAGACCACAUCACUUGAUGCCUCUACUGUUACAGAGACUGUUACUUCCAUUGCUACCAAGGUGAAGAGCACUACCAUUCCGGCUGUUACCUCCAUAAUCACUACUAUGGAGACAACCUCGGUCGGUAAGACCACCACCUUGAAGGCCUCCACAGUCACUAGCACCAUCACAUCCGUAGUGGAGAAGGCGUCAACAGUGACUGCUCCUGGAGCAACUGUUACAACUACCAGUCUCAAGACAACCACCGUCAAGAGCACCCUGUCUAUCCCUGCCUCCACCACAACUGUGACAAAGACGACCACUGUCAAGAGCACCACCACUCUCCCUGCGUCUACAAGCACUGUGAUCAAGACAUCCACUGUGACAAACACUCCCUCGGUCACUAUCACAGAGCGUGCUACUUCUACUUCCACCAAGGUUGUGAGCACCACCUCGACCAGCACUGUGACCGCGACAAAGACCGCCAAGUGCUCCUAA